AUGAAGGACUUCUACCUAUAUGAGAACAUCUCAAAGGUCAGCCCUUUUGAGGGCCCACAGUAUCAUAUUGCUCCAAAAUGGGCAUUUUAUAUGCAAGCAGCAUUCAUGGGCUUUGUGUUUUUUGCUGGGACACCCCUCAACGCCACCGUCCUGCUCGUCACUGCAAAAUACAAGAAACUGCGGCAGCCUCUGAACUACAUCCUGGUCAACAUCUCCGUCGCUGGUUUCAUCUUUGAUGUGUUCUCUGUCAGCCAAGUGUUUAUUACCAGCCUAAGAGGAUAUUACUUUCUUGGUCACACCAUGUGUGCACUGGAAUCUUCAAUGGGAACAGUAGCAGGCUUGGUAACAGCAUGGUCGCUUGCUGUCCUGGCAUUUGAGAGAUAUAUCGUCAUCUGCAAACCCAUCGGGAAUUUCAAAUUUGGUUCGGGACAUGCCCUUGGUGGAGUGGCCUUCACCUGGUUUAUGGGGAUUGGAUGUGCGUUACCACCAUUCUUCGGCUGGAGCAGAUACAUCCCUGAGGGCUUGGGCUGCUCUUGUGGACCUGACUGGUACAUGCCCAACACAGAAUAUAACUCGGAGAGCUACACAGCUUUCCUCAUGGUUACGUGUUUCAUCGCCCCCCUCACCUGCAUCAUCUUCUCUUACUCACAACUUUUGUCUGCCUUGAGAGCUGUGGCAGCGCAGCAGGCUGAGUCAGCAUCCACACAGAAGGCAGAGAAGGAGGUGUUCAGAAUGAUCCUCAUCAUGACGACAUCCUAUAUCAUCUGCUGGACGCCCUAUGCAGCUGCUGCUUUGUACUACACCUUAGACCAUGAAUCAGAGAAGGAUUACCGUCUGGUCACCAUUCCUGCUCUUUUCUCCAAGAGUGCCACUGUUUACAAUCCAUUGAUCUACUGCUUCAUGAACAAACAGUUCAAUGCAUGCAUUAUGGAGACCGUGUUUGGAAAGAAGAUUGAGGAAUCCUCAGAGGUGUCCAAAACCGAGGUAUCCUCUGUGUCUUAA